AAAUGAGACAUGUGUGUACCUAUAUAAAUACGAAAUCGAGGUUUGUGAAAAAUUUCAAAUUUUCCGAGAAAAAGUUUUUUCCCAAAAAAAAAUGUUGAAAAAUUUUCUAAUUUUACUCGUAACUUUCGCUAUCGUAUUUUCGGCACCGGUUGCUGAUGGAACUGAACCGCCCGUUUUGAGGAAAAAGAGCUCUAUGGAUAUGUUGGCUCCGCCGUUGGAGCUGGACGCAUCGUGCCACGUCAUCAGUUGUUACCGUAACAUGUUAAACAUGUCGAAUAGUUGUGAAAAGGGCGAAUUUCUACACAGUUUCAAGAAAUGCGACAAGAAAUUCUUCCGAGAGGACACGUGUUGCAAGAAGAAAAAUUGAAUUUUUUUGUGAAAAUCUAUGAUUUUGUAAUAGCUUAAGAGACUUUAAAUUUUUUAUUCGAUUUGCCAAAAUAUUGCUAAAAUUUUUUUUUUAAUUUUUUUUUUUUAAUAAAAUUUUUCCACAAUU